AUGUUCUCAGUCGUCGUUCCAGGCCGCCCGUGCCAAACAGAUAUCGUCCCCGUGGACGGUCAACCGGACGGCCAAGCUACCAAAUUCGCAUUCACAAUUCCAUUCAACCCACCUUUCAGCGACCUAGUCAUCUUCUUCCUCCCAGGCACAGUCCUCCCACCAAACACCGGUGCUGCGAUCUAUGCGCAACUUCCGGACCCAAACACCGGCAGCCCCACCGAUUUUCGCUUCGUCGGCGCAUUGGCAAACGAGAAGCAAUCGGGCAUUUUUAACAUCCGCAAUCCAGCGCAAAAUAAUGGAAACGGCCGCUCAGAAGCCGAGCAGGAGGAUGAGAUGCUCGAUGAAGGUUCAAUCGCAACCAAUGGCGUCGUGACACUGGGCAUUUCAAUCGAGGCCGCAGACAACAUUGCGCCUCAGCUCGCAGCGCUCGAGGCCGAGCGCGCGCAAAACACAUCAAACUCUACAGCCCUAGUGGCUCAUUCUGGCUCGAGUGCCCAGAAAAAUCCAAUCACUACCAAAGUACUUGCCCAGCGGAUCAUCGGCAGCGCAUUCAAUUUCCUUGCCAGCUUUGCGGAGUCGGAUCCUUCCAACAAGGGCCAUGACGUCGUGCCACUCAAGAGUUUCCGCGAUUGGUGGACAAAGUUUGAGCGCCGCAUUGAUAUGGACCCGGAGUUUUUGGAGCGUGCGGACCCCAAUGCCAGUUGA